CAUCAUACUUGAUGAUGGUCAUGGAGCUGUGAAAUCAUCCCCUUGUAAUUUCAUUGUCAGUGGGAGAGAGAGGGACAUUGUCUGCAGCUGCCAGCUUAUGUAUGAGAGUGUGGGUGAGUUUGUGUGUGUCUUGUUGGUAACAGUCUGCUUUUACUGUUGAGAAAGAGUGCAGAGUCAGAGAAAUGACUAAGCUGCCGGAGAGGGAGGGAGAAAGGAUGCGAAUGAGGAAGGAAAGGAGAAGUGAAAGUGACAGCCAUGAGUGAUGGAGUGAUGAGAUGGCAAAGCUUGAGAGAAGAGGGAUAGAGGAGACAAAAGCAGUGAAGAAGCGAGAGGAAGAGGAGGAAGAAGAUCAGGGGAGGGUGAGAGAAAGCGAGCGCAGCAGAGCAUCUUUAUCUCUCCAAGCAGAAGCAGAAAAGGAAGAGGAGCCGGGAGUUGACGCCCUGCUCCAGCUGAAUGAGCAACCAGGCUUCUCUCAUCCCUAGUUCGUCCUCUCCCACUGAGACACACACGAGGAUACGACUCGCACUUGGGCUGAGGUUUUGCUUUCACAUAUUCUUUUGCAUCUUAAGUGGAAAAAAUCAGGAUUCCUUCUCAUCUGUGGAAGAUGAAAUGAUCCCAAAAUCCUGAAAGAGGUGUUUAAGAAUCGCUGGAUGUUUAAAAGGGGUCAAGUUUGAGAGUUUAUAUUGACUGGAUUGCUGCACAUGCCAGGAGAGGUUAUAAAUAAGUUCAUCAUCAUAGGUUGUGGACCUGCAUGGUGGUGCUGAGUGUCCAGUGCCACCAUGGGAUGCACCACCAGUGUAGUUCUGUUAGAGGGGCUCCGCUCCAUCCUUGAGAGGAACUGUGGAUACAUCAAGGGGGCGGUGGAGCUCGGGUCUUUGGAGGAAGAGGAGGAGAUACUGAGUCUGAGGGGGUCUCAAGUCUGGAUACCCACCACUGCUCUGGUCAAGCCGAAGAUAAUAGAGCCUCUAGACUAUGAGAAUGUGCUUCAACAGAGGAAGACGCAGAUCAUCAGUGACGUCCUGCGGGACAUGCUGCAGUUUCCACCGGACGACUUUCAAAUCUCUACUCUGAGGCGCCAAGGCAGGACUCUGUUUUCCACGGUGCCAGAGGCUGCUGAGAAAGAAGCUCACUCUCUGUUUGUCCAAGAGUGUAUCAAAACCUACAAGUCAGACUGGCAUGUGGUCAAUUACAAGUAUGAGGAGUAUUGUGGAGACUUCCGCCAGCUCCCAAACAAGGUGUUGAGGCCAGAACAGCUGAUGCCUCAUCUGUUUGAGGUCGAUGAAGAUGUGGAAAAAGAUGAGGACACAGCCUCCCUCGGAUCUCAGAAGGGAGGAGUAUCCAAACAUGGCUGGCUGUACAAAGGCAACAUGAACAGUGCAAUCAGUGUUACUAUGCGGUCCUUCAAGAGGAGGUACUUCCAUCUCACUCAGCUGGGAGAUGGAUCAUAUAACCUCAACUUCUAUAAAGAUGAGAACACCUCCAAGGAACCCAAAGGAACCAUCUUUCUUGACUCCUGCAUGGGGGUUGUUCAGAACAGCAAAGUCCGUCGCUUUGCCUUCGAGCUAAAGAUGCAGGAUAAGAGCACCUUCCUGCUUGCUGCAGACACUGAAGGAGAGAUGGACGAGUGGAUCAGCACACUCAAUAAAAUCCUUCACAGCAGCUUUGAACAGGCCAUGCAGGAGAAGAGGAAUGGAGACCUGCAUGAUGCAGAAGAGGAGCAUGGAAAAACAGAUAUCUCCUCCGGAAGUUUUCAAGAUGGCUUUCAGACUGCCAGAGACAUCGAGUCCAAAAUGAAAAGUGAAGCUCGUCUGAAACUGUUCACGUUGGACCCUGACACACAGAAACUGGAUUUCUCUGGCAUUGAACCAGACAUACGACAGUUUGAGGAGAAGUUUGGGAAGAGGGUCCUGGUCAGCUGUCAAGAUCUGUCAUUCAACCUGCAGGGCUGUGUCGCAGAAAAUGAAGAGGGCCCAACAACCAAUGUGGAGCCCUUCUACGUUGUCCUGUCCCUGUUUGAUGUCCAGAACAGCAGAAAGAUCUCAGCUGACUUCCAUGUGGAUCUCAACCACCCUCUGGUCCGACAGAUGACAGUAGGCUCGAGCAGCGGGCAGGAUGCACAAAUCAACGGCAGCAGCGGUAAAGAUCCUCAAAGGCUGACCGACGUACUCCCAGAGGAGGCUCUUCAGUACCCCAGACAAGGCGUGUUCUCUGUCACAUGCCCCCAUCCUGAAAUCUUCCUGGUGGCUCGAAUAGAGAAGGUUCUGCAGGGGGGAAUCACUCACUGCACUGAACCCUACAUGAAGAAUUCAGACUCAACCAAGAUGGCUCAGAAGGUACUCAAGAAUGCCAAGACAGCCUGCAGCAGACUGGGACAGUACAGGAUGCCGUUUGCCUGGGCUGCAAGGCCUGUGUUCAAAGAUGCAUCAGGGACUUUGGACAAAAGUGCUCGCUUCUCAGCUCUUUACAGACAAGACAGCAGCAAGCUGUCAGAUGAGGACAUGUUCAAACUGCUGACUGACUUCAGGAAACCAGAGAAAAUGGCCAAACUUCCUGUGCUCUUAGGGAACCUGGAUGUAACUAUUGACAGUGUGGCUCCAGAUGUAACAAAUUGUGUCACUUCCUCUUACAUCCCUGUGAGGAACUUUGAGGGGAACGGACCUGGAAGUGCCCUACUAGAAGUGGAAGAGUUUGUUCCCUGCAUUGCCAAGUGUUCACAGCCCUUCACUAUUUACAAAAACCAUCUCUAUGUCUACCCAAAGCACCUCAAAUAUGAUGGGCAGAAAUCAUUUGCCAAGGCAAGGAAUAUUGCAGUUUGCAUUGAAUUCAAGGACUCUGAUGAGGAUGAAUCGCAGCCGCUGAAGUGCAUCUAUCGUCACCCCGGAGGUGCUCUGUUCACUAAACAGGCAUAUGCAGCUGUCUUGCAUCACCAGCAGAAUCCUGAGUUCUAUGAUGAGAUAAAGAUAGAGCUCCCUACUCAGCUGCAUGAGAAGCAUCACCUUCUCUUCACCUUCUAUCAUGUCAGCUGUGACAGUAACAGCAAAAAGAAAGACGUGGUGGAGACUCCAGUGGGUUCGGCGUGGCUGCCUCUGCUCAGGGAUGGCAGAGUCAUCAUGAACGAACAGCAGCUACCUGUCGCCGUUAAUCUGCCUGGCGGGUACCUGGGCUCCCAGGAUGGUGUCACCAAGCACUCUGGCUCAGAGAUCAAGUGGGUCGAUGGUGGGAAACCCCUGUUCAAAGUCUCAACUCAUCUCGUUUCCACCGUUUACACUCAGGAUCAGCACUUGCACAACUUCUUCCACCACUGUCAAAGCAUGGAAACGUCUGAACAGGCUUCAGAGGGGGAACUGGUGAAGUACCUGAAGAGUCUUCAUGCAAUGGAGGGUCAUGUGAUGGUGAACUUUCUUCCUACCAUCCUUAACCAGCUGUUUUGUGUCCUGACCAGAGCCACACAUGAAGAUGUAGCAGUCAACGUGACCAGGGUGAUGGUUCAUGUCGUAGCACAGUGCCACGAAGAGGGACUUGAGCAUUACCUACGAUCUUACAUCAAGUUUGUGUUUAAGCCUGAGCCGUACUCAUCUGUCAAUGUGAAAACAGUUCACGAGGAGCUGGCUAAGGCCAUGACAGCCAUACUCAAACCAUCUACUGACUUUCUUACAAGCAACAAGCUGCUAAAGCACUCUUGGUACUUCUUUGAGGCUCUGGUGAAAUCAGUGGCUCAUUAUCUAAUAGAAAGUGGAAAGGUUAAGCUUUCCAGGAACCAGCGUUUUUCAGCAUCCUUCUACCAUGCAGUGGAGACGCUGGUCAAUAUGCUGAUGCCUCACAUCACGCAGAAAUACAAGGACAACCUGGAUGCUGCUCGCAAUGCCAACCACAGCCUGGCAGUUUUCAUUAAGCGCUGCUUUACUUUCAUGGACAGAGGCUUUGUCUUCAAGCAGAUCAACAACUACAUGAAUUGCUUCGUACCUGGAGAUCCAAAGACCUUAUAUGAGUUUAAAUUUGAGUUCCUCCGGGUUGUUUGCAACCAUGAGCACUACGUCCCUCUUAACCUGCCCAUGCCCUUUGGAAAAGGCAGGAUACAAAGGUUCCAAGAUCUCCAGUUGGAUUAUUCAUUGACUGAUGACUUCUGUCGGAACCACUUCCUGGUUGGCCUGCUGCUGAGGGAAGUGGGUGGUGCUCUUCAGGAGUAUCGAGAGAUCCGUCAGAUCGCCAUCCAAGUCCUCAAAGGAUUGAUGAUCAAGCACACGUUCGAUGACCGCUAUGCUGCAAAGAGCCAACAGGCCCGACUUGCCACUCUCUACCUCCCUAUGUUUGGCCUGCUCCAGGAAAACGUCUACAGACUGGAGAUCAAAGAGUCAUCCCCUCUCAAUAACCACAGUAAUGCGAGGGAGGACUCUCUGGUGCAGAACUCCAUUGUGACUCCUCAGAAACCUGGGAGCUGCAUAGAAAAUGCUCUCCACAAAGAUGUGUUUGGAGUAAUCUCAGGAACAGCAUCUCCUCAUAGCUCUACUCCUAAUGUCAGCUCAGUUCACCAUGCAGAUUCAAGAGGCUCUCUGGUCUCCACUGAUUCUGGAAACAGCCUGCUGGACAAAAGCAGCGAUAAGACAAACUCCCUGGAGAAGAACCAAUGUGCAUCCGCCCUGGGCAGCACCGUGCUGCGCUGCGAUAAACUGGACCGGGAUGAGAUCAAAAACCUGCUCAUGUGCUUCCUGCACAUUCUCAAGAGCAUGUCGGAGGAGGCACUGUUUUCCUAUUGGAACAAAGCAGCUCCCUCAGACCUAAUGGACUUCUUUACAUUAAUAGAAGUUUGCCUCCAUCAGUUCAAGUACAUGGGGAAGAGAUUCAUCGCCAGGAAUCAGGAGGGCUCGGGGCUUGUGGCUCCAGACAAGAAGUCUCUGACUCUGCCCGUGUCUCGUAACAGGGCAGGGAUUCUUCAUGCCCGCCUGCAACAGCUGGGAACUCUGGAGAAUGCUCACACCUUUAAUAACAUGUACUCCCAUACAGAAGCAGACGUGAGCAGUCAGUGUCUGCUGGAGGCCAAUGUGUCCACAGAGGUCUGUCUGACGGUGCUCGACACACUCAGCAUCUUCAUCAUGGGAUUCAAGACCCAGCUGACUUCAGACCUGGGUCACAACCCUCUGAUGAAGAAGGUUUUCCAGGUCCAUUUAUGCUUCCUGCAGAUCCCCCAGUCUGAGGCUGCCCUCAAACAGGUCUUCACCUCACUCAGGACAUUCAUCUACAAGUUCCCCUGUACAUUCUUUGAUGGCAGAGCAGACAUGUGUGCCUCUCUGUGCUAUGAAAUCCUGAAGUGCUGUAACUCCAAGCUGAGCUCCAUCCGCAGCGACGCUGCCCAUCUCCUCUACUUCCUCAUGAAAAGCAACUUUGACUACACAGGCCGCAAGUCUUUUGUACGAACACACUUGCAGGUGGUUAUUGCCGUCAGUCAGCUGAUUGCAGAUGUGAUUGGUAUCGGGGGAACCCGUUUCCAGCAGUCUCUCUCCAUCAUCAACAAUUGUGCCAACAGUGACAAGAACAUCAAGCACACAGCUUUUCCAUCAGAUGUGAAGGACUUGAUGAAGCGCAUCAGGACCGUGCUCAUGGCGACUGAACAGAUGAAGGAGCACGAGAAUGAUCCAGAGAUGUUGGUGGAUCUUCAGUACAGCUUGGCCAAGUCCUACACGAGUACACCUGAGCUCAGGAAGACCUGGUUGGACAGCAUGGCACGCAUCCACAACAAAAAUGGAGAUCUGUCAGAGGCAGCCAUGUGUUAUGUUCAUGUUGCUGCUCUGGUGGCUGAGUAUCUGUGGAGAAAAGGUAUGUUCAGACAGGGCUGCUCAGCUUUCCGUGUCAUCACUCCAAAUAUUGACGAGGAGGCAGCCAUGAUGGAGGAUGUAGGGAUGCAGGAUGUUCACUUUAAUGAAGAGGUGCUGAUGGAGCUGUUGGAGGAGUGCGCUGAUGGCCUCUGGAAGGCAGAGCGCUAUGAGCUCAUCGCUGAUGUCUACAGGCUCAUCAUCCCCAUCUACGAACACCGAAGAGACUUUGAGAAACUGACACAUCUGUAUGACACGCUGCACCGUGCAUAUACUAAAGUGAUGGAGGUGAUGCAUACUGGAAAAAGAUUGCUGGGCACGUACUUCAGGGUGGCCUUCUUUGGACAGGCGGCAGGUUUCUUUGAGGAUGAGGAUGGUAAGGAAUAUAUCUACAAGGAGCCAAAGUUCACUCCACUUUCUGAGAUUUCCCAGAGGCUCCUGAAACUAUACUCAGACAAGUUUGGCCAGGAGAACGUCAAGAUAAUACAAGACUCUGGCAGGGUUAACCCAAAAGACCUAGACUCCAAGUACGCCUACAUACAGGUGACCCACGUCACGCCGUACCUAGAUGACAAGGAGCUGGAGGACAGAAAGACGGACUUUGAGAAGAGCCAUAACAUCCGUCGCUUUGUGUUCGAGACUCCAUUUACAGUGUCGGGCAAGAAACAGGGAGGUGUGGAGGAGCAGUGUAAACGGCGGACUGUUCUCACCACCACUCACUGUUUUCCAUAUGUGAAGAAGCGUAUAGCAGUGAUGUAUCAGCACCAGACAGACCUGAGCCCCAUUGAGGUGGCCAUAGAUGAGAUGAGUGCCAAGGUUGCCGAACUGCGACAUCUCUGCUCGGCCUCUGAGGUCGACAUGAUCCGCCUGCAGCUUAAACUGCAAGGCAGCAUCAGUGUUCAGGUAAAUGCUGGCCCUCUUGCAUAUGCCAGAGCCUUCCUAGAUGACAGCAGUGCCAAGAAAUACCCCGACAACAAGGUCAAGCAGCUGAAGGAGGUCUUCAGGCAGUUUGUGGAUGCCUGUGGUCAGGGACUGGGAGUGAAUGAGCGGCUGAUCAAAGAGGACCAGCAGGAAUAUCAUGACGAGAUGAAGGCCAACUACAGGGACCUGACCAGGGAGCUUUCAAACAUCAUGCAUGAACAGAUAAACCCAUUCGAAGAUGGCUCAAGGAGUGCUCUGUCUGACUCUCUGGGCAUUUUCAAUGCCAUCAGCAGCACACCAACCAGUGCCAACCCUCAUGGCUCGACCACCAUCCUCUGAAAAAGACAAUUCCGGCCUCCAACUCCACUAAUGAUUGGAUAAACUACCUGCCGGUCAAGAUAUUUGAGAGUAAAGACUCCAAGAACCCACUGGUAUCAGUUAUGACUAUAUGUUCCCUCACUCCUUUUUAUCAGUAAUCGAUUGUUUCCUAUGGAGACUUCAGUGAACUUUUUAUCAUUAAGUGAGUAAUUUAUCCUUUUGUAUAGUUGUUUUUAUCCUUCAUUAGUACCAGAUGGGGUUGACUCAGCAAGUGUAUCCAGUACUGUUACCAACAACAUGUUAUCUAAAUUGUCCUGGUGUCUCCAGCUCCACCCAGCAUAUGUUGUCCAGAGGUUAAAAACAUGAGCAGCUUCAGUAUUUACACAUCUGCAUGUUAGUGGGAUCCCAUUUCCUCUCUUUCACAUUCAGCUUGAGAAUAUUUUAAGUGACUUUUAUUUGAAAUGAAACAUGCAUCUGCUAUAACUGCACAGUAUUUUUACAUUUAAUUUUCUAGUCUUCUCCCUUGUCCUGUUACAGCAGAUGUAUUUUUAUAUGCAGUGCAUCUUUCCUUUUUACCUAGGUCAAGAACUAAUCACUCUAUUUUAGGCCAACGAUGUAUGAAGAAAAGGUGUUUGUAAAGCCAAGAGAACCACAAUGUUUUAACCUAUAUUCUGUAAAGAAAAGCGUGUGCAAUAUUUUGUAUUGUUAUCGAGGCUACCUUCUGCACAGACAGCUCUCUUGCCAAAGAUGUCAGAGAAAGACUGUUUAAUGUGAGACAAGGGUGAGACUGUUUGUAAUCUGCCCCUGUGUUUCUUUGUCUGUCAUGGAGAGAGGCCUUUUAUGAAUUGUGACGUAAAAUAAAAACACCUUUUUACUUAUUGACUGCUCCUGUAAAUAUGUUUCAGACUUAUAAAUAAAAUGUUAUAUGGUCUCUUC